AGCACGUACACAAAAUAAUUCACCCAAAUUUCUAGCUAGCUUAAAACUGUGCACAUUAAAACUGUGACAUAACUAAAACUGUACUAACAAGUUUAGUAGCUAUGGCUAAGAGACAAGACCAUGAACGAGAGUAUACAUUCCAAAAGGUUGAACUCUUUAAAAACAAGAUGCUUGGUACUGGCUCCUACGGGGCAGUGUGUAAAGCCAAGUGUGACCAGCUAUUUUGUGCUGCCAAGCUACUCAAUCCAGAGUUCUUCCAAAUGACUGCUCCCGAUCAUGGUAAAGAACAUAGACACCCGUUUAGAAGAUUCGAAACGGAGUGCGCAUUUCUAAGUCGCAUCAACCACCCCAACAUUGUACAGUACCUGGGGACCUAUCGUGAUCCCGACACAAAUGCACCAGUUCUCCUCAUGGAGCUCAUGGACGAGAGUCUGACACACUUCCUGGAGUCAUCACCUGGAGACAUUCCCUACCACAUCCAAGUCAACCUCUCCUAUGACAUAGCUCAAGCACUUGCCUUUCUUCACUCCAAUGGGAUUAUCCAUGGCGAUCUCUCUAGCAACAAUGUCCUACUGAUUGCAGGCACUCGAGCCAAAGUCACUGAUUUUGGAAUGUCCGAAUUCACGGACAUAAACAUCAACCGACUAGCCACAAUGACCACAUGCCCAGGAACACAAGCCUUCAUGUCACCCGAGGCACUAAACGAACCACCAGUGUACACAGAGAAACUAGACAACUUCUCAUUUGGUGUGCUUCUAAUUCAAAUCACAACUCGACAAUUUCCAAAGCCAAUUGAAAGUAUUCAACUUUCAUAUCCACAAAAUCCAUCUGAAACUAAAGUAACAAUUCCAGAACUGGAAAGACGAGAAGCCCACAUCAGCCUGAUUGAGCCAACCCACCCUCUAUUGCCGAUUGCUUGUCACUGCCUCAAAGACAGAGAUGUUGAAUGACCAUCUUCCCAACAGCUUUGCAAAACACUGGAUGCUCUCAAAAGGACACCACGGUACCAGGAAAACUCCAAACAAGACGUGCACCAGAUGCUCAGAGAAAAAGAUCAACAACUACACUCAAAACAACAGCUUAUAACAGAAAAAAACAAACAACUACAAACAAAUCAACAGCUAGUAAGAAAAAAAGAUGAGCAAAUAAAAGCUAAAGAUGAACAGCUACAAACAAACGAAAAUAUUAUAACUGAAAAAGAUAAGCUAAUCACAGCUAAAGACCGACAGAUAAAUGCAAAGAAAACGGAAAAGCAAUCUCUCCAGCAAGACAAAUUAACUCUUAAACAGGAGGCUGAAAUCAGGGAGACAGCUGAGGAGACUCAACCAAGAGUUACAAGCAAGUGAGAAGAACAUUGCUACCCUACAUCAAACCAUCGAUCAACGAAACAGAGAAUUGACUGAACUGAGACAAACUUUGUCAAGAAAAACGAGGAAAUUCCCGAUUUAUCGACUCAAAUUGCACAUGAAGAUAAGGAGAAACAACCUCAAGCUAUACUAAAAAAACCUGUUGAAGUGACAUGGGACCCAUUAACUACAACAGAUGUGGAUAUGAUUCAUGGAUCAUCAGCUGUGAUCGAAAACAAGACAUACAUUAAGUUAAAUGUAAAUAAUACUGUUUAUACUUUAAACAGCAACCAUCGCUGGUUGGAGUUACCACCUUGCCCUAACAAAUUGUUCACUAUUGUCAGUGUUGAUAACGUACUCACAACUGUGGGGGGACAAUCAGGAACAAAUCAAUCUAGUAAUCCAUUGUACAAAUACGAUGACAACAAAUGGGUUGAACACAAGUUUCCUCCUAUGCCAACUAAACGGGACAAGCCAGGAGCUGUGUAUGCUAACAAAUCACUCGUAGUGGCAGGGGGAGUAAAUCUAGUUAGUUUAUCUACUGUAGAGAUACUGAACACGGAGGAAAAGCAAUGGUCCAGUUGUACCCCGUUACCGGUGUGAAGUCAUCAACCAUCAGCAACGAUCUGUGGAGACUAUGUGUACAUACACUCACGAGCUAAUGAUGAUCAAGAGAAGUAUUCAGUAUACAAAUGCUUAUUAAAACAACUAACUCAGUCCGAGCCAAGCUCAGCUAUAUGGGAGAAGAUUGCCCCUUUGCCGGUUAGCGAUUCCACUCUUGUUACGGUCAAUGGCAACCUGCUGGCAGUGGGUGGAGUGAACUCCAGAACUAAGGACAUAAUAUUAUAUCAGUACAAUAAUAUGACAUCAUGGACUGUCAUUAGUCAAAUGUCAACACCUCGAUCAUUUUGCCUCACUGCUGCCCUCCCAGGGAACAAACUGAUGGUGGUGGGUGGAGAUGUUACACUUAGAAAAUGUGAAAUAGCUACUUUUGUGUAUAGUGCCUAACUUGUUCUUUGUGUCUUAUUGUAAUAUCAAACAGUAUAAGUCA